AGCCCUGGGCCUCCCGUGGCAGGGGCUGCAUCAUGUAUCAUCUCGGGGCACCCCUCUGGCCUGGAGUUGGCUUCCUCUGUCUCCUACUCGCUGGGGCAACCUGGGCUCCCCCACCCAACCCACCGGAUCCCAAGUUUGAAAGGAAAGCGGCCCUGCUGACAGCCCGCGAGCCUGAAGAGUUUCUGUGCUUCACCGAGAGGUUGGAGGAUUUGGUGUGUUUCUGGGAGGAAGCGGCAAGCGCCGGGAUCGGCCCGGACAACUACAGCUUCUCCUACCAGCUCGAGGGUGAGCCGUGGAAGCCGUGCCGCCUGCAUCAGGCGCCCACCACCCGCGGCUUGGUGCGUUUCUGGUGCUCGCUGCCUACAGCCGACACGUCGAGCUUCGUGCCCCUAGAGCUGCGCGUCACUGCGGCCUCCUCGGGCUCUUCACGCUACCGCCGUAUCAUCCACAUCAACGAAGUGGUGCUCCUAGACCCUCCCGCUGGGCUGCUGGCGCGGCGGGCAGACGAGGGCGGCCAUGUGGUAUUGCGCUGGCUCCCACCGCCUGGGGCACCCAUGGCAAGCCUCAUUCGCUAUGAGAUGAACAUCUCGGCAGAGAACGCCGCUGGUGGCGCGCAGAGGGUGGAGAUCCUCGACGGCCGCACUGAGUGCGUGCUGAGCAACCUGCGGGGCGGAACGCGCUACACCUUCAAGGUACGCGCGCGUAUGGCCGAGCCGAGCUUCGGUGGCUUCUGGAGCGCCUGGUCCGAGCCUGUGUCGCUGCUGACGGCUAGUGACUUGGACCCCCUCAUCCUGACGCUCUCCCUCGUCCUCGUGCUCAUUCUGCUGCUGCUGGCCGUGCUAACCCUGCUCUCCCACCGCCGGACUCUGAAGCAGAAGAUAUGGCCUGGCAUCCCAAGCCCCGAGAGCGAGUUUGAGGGCCUCUUCACCACCCACAAGGGUAACUUCCAGCUGUGGCUGUACCAAACUGAUGGCUGUCUGUGGUGGAGCCCCUGCACCCCCUUCACAGAGGACCCACCUGCCCCCCUGGAGGUCCUCUCUGAGCGCUGCUGGGGGGUGACACAGGCAGUGGAGCCAGGGGCAGAUGAUGAGGGGCCCCUGUUGGAGCCGGUGGGCAGCGAGCAUGCCCAAGACAGCUACCUGGUGCUGGACAAGUGCUUGCUGCCCCGGAGCCCACCCAGCGAGGACCUCCCACAGCCUGGUGGCGAUUUGGACAUAGCAGCCAUGGAUGAAGCCUCGGAAGCAUUCUCCUGCUCAUGCACUUUGGCCCUGAAGCCUGUGCCAGAGGGGGCCUCGGCUGCCAGCUUUGAGUACACCAUCCUGGAUCCCAGCUCCCAGCUCUUGCGCCCGAGGGCACUUCCCCCUGAGUUGCCCCCUACCCCACCCCACCUAAAGUACCUCUACCUCGUGGUGUCUGACUCUGGCAUCUCAACUGACUACAGCUCUGGGGGUUCCCAGGAAGCCCAGCGGGGCUCAUCCAAUGGCCCCUACUCCAACCCUUAUGAGAACAGCCUCAUCCCAGCCCCCGAGCCUUCACCCCCGAGCUACGUGGCCUGCUCCUAGGACUCCAGCCCUCAGAUGCACGGGGACCCAGAAUGACCUCAAGUGCUACUCCAGGCCCAAGAUUUAUCCGGCAGGGUCAGUGAGGCCUGCUGACCUUGGCUUUCUGCUCAAUUCAUCCUGGUCAGAAAGUCACAACCUUGCAGUAUUUUUAAAUGUACAGUCUUUUGUGUAGAUAUAUAAAUAUAGAUAAGUUUUCUGUCACGGCUUCUAUAAAUACCUCUAAGCCCCAUCUUUUCCCUGGGCCCAGGCCAUAGGAGAAGCAGGAAAAGGCCUUGAGUUCAGUCUGAAAUUCUGACCUGGCAAUCUGAAUAAUAAUAGUAAAAUGAAUCAGUUAGUAUGUUAUGCUAGCUGCCCUAACAAAGCUGCCCUGAAACUGAGUGGCUGAACACAUUAAAUAUUUUCUCUCUCAUUUCUCAAUUCAAACAGGUGGGCAGCUAUCCCUGGGAUGAGUCAGAAGCCCAGACUGUAACUUUAAUAUCCCCCAGGGCUACCCUGGGGUCUUUAGAUGGUUCCUCUGCAUCCUGCCAGCCAACACGAGAGAGACAGCAGAAGAUUCUGUGGCCUUUAGGGACCUAGCCUAGAGGUGGGCGCCAUCUCUUCUUCACAAAUUCUACCGGUCAGAAAUGGUCAUGUGACCCUAGCGAGAACCAUGGACAGCUGGGAAAUGUAGUUUAGCUGUGCACCCAAGAGAGAAAAGCUGUUUAAUGAGCUGCUAGCUAGUCUCUGCCACUAAUAAUAAUACCAAUGACAUUCAUUCCUAGGGCUUUAUUCUGAAUCAGGCCCUGUCCUAAGACAGCACUCUGAUGACACCAAAUGUCAUCAAGUGGCUCAAUGGGAGUUCUGGGUUAACCACUUUUAAAUAGUUUGACAUAACCUAGGAAAGCUGAACGUAUGCAUAUCUUCUACUCCAGCAAUGCCACUUCUAGGUAUGUACCCUAAAAACCCUCACACACAUGAACCAGGAUAUGU